ACGACGUGGGGGCGCGACGGGCUAUGGUUUUUGGUAUCCGACCUGCAGGGUGUGUGCCCUCUCAGAGAACAUUAGCAGGAGGCAAAUCAAGAGCUUGUGUAGAAGAGUAUAAUGAAUGUUCACAAUUGGUGAACUCCAAGCUCUCAGCUGAGAUUGAUUAUCUAAACAACAAAUUGCCACAAUAUAUCAUUGUUUGCGUAGACAUAUAUAAUCCCUUUCUCGACCUCAUCCAAAACCCUCAAAAUUAUGGAUUCGAGGUUGCUGACAAAGGAUGUUGCGGGACUGGAGUGAUAGAUGUUACGUUUUUAUGCAACAAAUACACCGGUACAUGUCCUGACCACAAUAAAUAUGUGUUUUGGGAUAAUUUCCUUCCCACGGGGAGCGCUUACAGGAUUCUUGUACAUCAAAUCCUCUAAAAGUAUCUUAGUCGUUUCACCUGAACAAAUUGUCAACAAGAAGUUUACCACAACAUUG